AUGCAACAGCACACUCUCCUCGUCGUGGGAGGUGCUGGCUUCCUCGGCAGCGCCAUCUCCAAAGCUGCCCUCGCCAAAGGCUGGCGCGUCCUCUCCAUUUCGCCAUCGGGAACUCCCUACCACACACCUGCAGGACAUCGCCCGGCGUGGUCGUCGAGUCCCAACAUCGAAUGGCAUGCUGCAGACGCUUUGGAUCCUUCUUCGUACUCGCAUCUAGCAGAUCGCGCCACCGCUGCAGUACACACCGUCGGCAUCCUUCUCGAGUCCGACUACAAGUCGAAAACGUCGUCAGCCUCGCCUAUUCGCAAUGCCAUCGCCGGAGUCGCCAAGGGCUGGGGAUGGAAUCUUGGUGGAUCGAACUCAGACACAAAUCCGCUGCACGAUGCAAAGUACCCAGGUGGACAGGCUUCGUCGCAACGCAGUCCGUCCAAGUUUAGCUACGAGCACAUGAAUAGGGACAGCGCCAUCGCCGUCGCACAUACCUUCCUGUCCUCCUUGCGACAUCGUUCCAUGCAGGCCGUAGAAACAUCCAGCUCGUCAUCAAAUCAGGAGCCCGCACCGUUCAUCUACAUUUCGGCCGAAGACCUCUUCCGACCGGUCGUCGAUGCCAGAUACAUUCGCACAAAGCGUCAAGCAGAAUCGGCCAUCGCACGCCUCGCUGCUCACCAUCACGCUCCUCGACCUCGCAGCACGUUGCAACAGGAAGCCCACAUUAUGAGUGAUUCCGACGGUGCAGGCUUGGAAGCCGAGCUUCGGGACGAGAGUGCGGCUGACUCGGGGUCUGCUUACACCGGGGAAGAGGCGCAAUCGAGUGCGUUGCAAGGGCUUGUGCGGCCGGUGUUUCUACGACCAGGAUUGAUGUACCAUCCGCACACUCGACCAGCCUCGACACUACCCGCCGCAAUCCUCGAAGCAUCAGCGGCACUCCAUCGAUCUCCACCGCUGCCUCUUCCCAUCCCGACCCCAGCGCAGUUGAUCGCCAAAUUAGGCAGCGCCACCGCCAACAGUCCAUCUCAGUCGAUCGCACGGCUUCUCACUACGCCACCCUUGCACAUCGACACCGUAGCCAAAGCGGUGUGCGCUGCUAUCGAGGAUCAGAGCGUGUUCGGAGCAGUGGACGUGUACGGUAUUCGUAAGCUGGCUGGAUGGAAGGACGAAGCCUCCCUAGGUGCCAGUGUUCAUGGCGAGAGUGUGGCAGGUGCAGCACGACCGUGGCCUUCGAAUCACCAGCAACCGUUUUCCGCUUCCUCAAGACCUGCUUCGACGCACAUUCCGCGUCACACUGCCACCGCUACACCCGCAGGUCAACAGCGAAGCUUCUUCAGCCUUCCCGAUCUAGGCAAGCUGGCAUCCGGCGCUCUAUCUUCCGCAGCAUCACCGAAAGCUGGCGGGAAGGGAGGAGAAAGUCGAUCGUACCGAGACGCACAGGGUAGGACGGUGUACGAGACGUCCAAGAUCCUAUCGCACCCUGCGAAUACGCUUUUCGAGGUGGUGGCUGACGUCGAUGCGUAUAAGCACUUUGUACCAUACUGUCAAGAUUCGCGCGUUCUCGGACCCGCUCCUCCAACAUCAUCCCAGCAGCAGCAGUCGACAAAUUCAGCAGUCCUCGCAGAUCUCACCGUCGGAUUCGGAAGGUUCUCCGAAACCUACACUUCUCAAGUCACCCUCGUCUCGCCUGCGCAAGGCGGGAAAAGUAGCAGCAGUGUAGUGGCAGAGGCAGUGCAACCCAACCCGGUGUUUUCGUACCUCGAGACGAAAUGGACUUUCCAUCCGAUUGAUGGAGGAGCAAAGACGUUGGUCGAAUUCGGGUUGGUGUAUGCGUUUAGGAAUCCCGUGUAUGGUGCGGUGGCGGGCAACGUGUUUGAACAGAUGAGCGCUCAGAUGAUCGAUGCGUUCGAACAGAGGGCUAACAAGUUGCAUCCUGUACGACGGUCGUAG